AUGGUCAUGGACGAAUACACCCUAGCAAAGUUUCGCAAGCGGUACUCUACCGUCUUCACUAAGGCUCACGAGCUGAAGUCAGCAUGUGCGGAUCAUCUUCGUAUCAGCAUCGUGAUGGAAAGGGUCGAUGACGGUACCAUAUAUCAUUGGAACUCAGACCCAAGAAUCACUCGAAAGGACGGCUCUGCAGAAUCUUGGCCGCCGGCCGAAGAACUCAUGUUCACUGAUGGUGAAAGACUCAAGAACAUGAGUCCUGAGGUACUUGGCCGGGAACGAGCUCGGCGACUUGAUCGUCGCUUGUCCCGACGUGCUGGAACGUCAGCACAGAUCGACGACGAUGAUGCCUUUGCUGCCCAUUCAUCUGACUUUCUCGAGCUAAGCCUCGGAUUCGAAGAAGAAGAGCAUGAUGGCGGCAAUAAUGCUGCUUCGGAGCCUCGUACGCCAGAGGAUCUGGGGGAGGACGCAUUCGACGUGUUCCAAGACAACUUCGAACAGCUGUUUGGACUGGCCCCAGAUGCUUACAACUCAGAUCUGUUGCAAACAUUGGUAGAAUCCUACCCAGUGGCCUCUGGGACUGAAACUACAGCAGGUGAAGUUCCUGAUCCGCAGAAGCUGAAUGCAUCUCAGACGAAUGGUGCUUCGAACAGAGCAUCGUCCAUUGCCAGGACAAGGAUGGCGAAUCUAGACUUGUAUCGGGGCCAGUCAAGCAAGCGACCUGCUGCAUCGCCGGUCGAUCAACGAGAGCUAUCGGAGAGUCGUGGUCGUCAAAUGGAGCCCGGAGAGUCUCAAGGAAUCAAGAACAAACGACUUCGUAGUACGAGGUCGAAUCAAAUUACAAUUCCAUCCGCGAUAGCAUUGCCAGAGUCUCCUAUGCAUUCACAGAACCGCGAAGUAUCACAUGAGAAGCUGUCUUGUCAGCUUAGCCAGACGGCCAUGAGCAUUCUGACCUCCAUCGCAGCGAUAGAACCAUCUGCAGUGGCUAACAGAUGGGCUGGGUGGGGGGCGCAUUCUCGUCACCGUCUCAACCAAAACUGUGUAACUGGUGGCAGUCGUGGUAGUUGUCAUUGCUCGACUGCUGCGGACACCGAAGCCCAAACCAGGAUGAAGGAGAGAGAAUGGGCCAUGUACGACCUCACCACAACAAAAGCCCACUUUGGACUACACCUCUUGCUUUUUAGCAUAUCACUGUAA